GAACAUCUGCGCGGGACGAGGGGCAGGGACUGAGCAGGGAAUGCCCACCCUUGCCGGAGUCUGCCUUGCAGAAGCCACGUUUGUCUUUCCAUUACAACAAGGAAAUAUUCUGUGUUCGUGUGCUUUGAAAAUGUCUGAAAAUUCCAGUGACAGUGAUUCAUCUUGUGGCUGGACCGUCAUCAAUCACGAGGGUUCUGACAUAGAGACAGUGACCUCAGAAAAUGGAAGCACAAAUGAUAACCAUGAGUUUGUUUCAGAAGAAUAUGUUUCUUUGCAAGAAGAGGAGCAGGCAAUUGAUUUGCAAGCUCAGUGCAACAAUGAUGAAGAGAUCCCAGCAGUAGAUAAUACUCUAUCUGGUUUUGAGGAAACUCAGACAGUUCCAGAGGGAAGUAAAGAAAAAGUUCCUGAUGAUGGGUCCUGCAUUGGAACUAUUAGUGAUGAUUCUGACAUUGUUACACUUGAAGCUCCAAAACCAGAAGAAACUCAGAGUCAGGAGGAAGCUCCAGCUGAUGGUGAAGAAGCUCAGAGUUCAGAGGAUUUUAACAUGGGUUCCUCCUCUAGCAGUCAAUAUACAUUUUCCCAUGUAGAAACUGUUUUCUCAUCGCAGGCCAGCCCCGAAGAGUCCAGCAGCGAUGAAGGCAGCAGCCAGUGCAGCCCCGCCGUGCGCAAGCGGCGCCCGCGGAAGCGCGGGGUGUCGAGCUCCGAGCCCGAGGCGGCUCCGGGCGAGCCCGCGGCGGAGCCGCCCCGGGAGGAGCAGCACAAGCGCCAGUUCAGCAGCGGCCUGAACAGAUGCAUCAUCCUGGCGCUGGUGAUAGCCAUCAGCAUGGGCUUCGGGCACUUCUAUGGUACAGUACAGAUCCAGAAAAGGCAACAGCUGGUGACAAAGACACGUGAAUUAAAAGAUAUGAAGGAUGACCUUUACCAGUGCCAAAAAGAGCAGGGAGACCAAGUGCACCACAAAGUGGGGUCACCCAAGGGAGAUCUUGCCACAUGUUUGACCUUUACUGAGGAGAAGAAAUCCUUUGAUUCUCAAAAAAAAAGUCUUGCUGCAGAAAAUCAGCACUUAAGAGAAUCUCUAGAGAAGGAAGAAAAAGCUUUGGCCUCACUUCAGGAAGAAUUAAGGAAGCUAAGACAACAAAUUAGAAACUUAGAAGAUAAAGGUAGUAGCACUGAAUCUAUUGUAAUAGAAAAUCAGAAACUAAGGGAGCAUUUGGAAGAGGAAAAGCAAAGGAACAGCAAUUUUCUCAGGCAAAAGGAAACACUCUUUGCAGAGGCACAGAUGUUAAGGCGAGAACUGGACAAAGAACGUCAUGUUACAGAAGCUCUGAAAAAAGAACUAGAAAACUUAAGUUCUCAUCAGACUCCUGACAGUGCUAGUGAUGAUGAUGAUGAUGAUGAGACAUUAAGAGAAAAUCAAGAAAUAGAAACUCUGCGAGGAAGACUGGCAGAACUAGAAAAAAAGCUAAACUUUGAGCAACAACGCUCUGACUUAUGGGAGAAGCUGUAUGUUGAAGCAAAAGACCAGUCUGAAAAACAAGAAAUUAAUGAAAAUGGACAAAAGAAAGGCGCUAAAGGGCAAAGUAAAAGUAGAAAGAAAUCAAAGGACACAUUUUUUGGUUCAGUUAAAGAAACUUUCGAUGCUAUGAAGAAUUCCACAAAAGAGUUUGUAAGACACCAUAAAGAAAAGAUUAAGCAGGCUAAAGAAGCAGUGAAAGAAAACUUGAAAAAAUUCUCUGAUUCUGUAAAGUCUACAUUCAGACACUUCAAAGAUACCACGAAAAACAUCUUCGAUGAAAAAGAGAAGUCAUCAAGUGAUAGAAGGUACGAGGCAAACAAGAAAGCUCGAACUUUUUACCAAGACCAUAACUCCUAUGAGAAUCUGAAGCACAUGCAUUACAGGGGACCUCACAUGCCAAAGGAGCCCAGAAAUGGAAGAAAACAUCAUUUUACAACAUUUGGAAAAGAUUCAGAUUCCCAGAAAUGUCUCAAUGAUCAUUUGUGUAAUAGAAAACAUCAGUUUGCCCUAAAGGGCUGCUCUGGUAUUUUUGAAUGUGCUCAUCAAGAAUUCAUUAGUCUCUUUAACAGAGUUUCGGAUCCCAUCAGGGUGGAUGAAUUUAAUCGGCUAAUGAGAAAGUAUUUGCAACAAGUUGUACAUAACUUUCAUCACUGGAGAGAACUAGAAAAUUUCAUCAAUAAGUUUUUUCAUAAUGGAUUGUUUAUACAUGACCAGAUGCUGUUCACUGAUUUUGUUAAUGAUGUCAAGGAUUACCUGGAAGAUAUGAAGGAAUACCAAAGUAAUAAUGAAAAGGUUUUUGAGGAUUUGGACAAAUACGUCUACAGAUACUACUUCCAUUAUGAUAAUUCACCUCAGUAUGGACCCAGUCGACCUAAAAGACCUUUUACACAAACUGAAAAUUCCAGACAUGAAAAACAAGCUCAGAAGUACCAACACCGUAAUAAAAGAGAAGGUAAAUGGCAUAAACAUGGUCGCACUAAUGGAAGACACAUGGCAAAUCUUGAAAUAGAAUUGGGGCAACUACCCUUUGAUCCAAAAUAUUGAGUAAUUUAUUGUAAAAAUUAAGAUUAAAAUUCACAUACUCUCUGGAAACUAAUUGGUUUUCAACAAAGCAGCAGGAUGCAAGUUUUUUUCUGAAUAAUUUGAUUUUUACACAUUUUUGUUAACAGGCAGAAGUCAGGCUUUCUAAUUUGCAUAUUCUGUACCGUUGCUUUUACUGUUCUUUGGAAGUGCAGAUAGUUUGGGUUGCCAGCAGUAUUGUUGCAGAAACUAGGCAUGCCAUGACCUAUGUAUGAAAAAAUGCUUAAUUGCAUUCCAUUAGUGUAGUUAAAGCUUGAGCCAUGCAUAAUGUACCAACUACUAACUCUAAUGUUUGAUAUACUAACUUCAUCUCAUCCUUCAAAAAAUAGGUCAACAUUGUGGUAAUGUAUUUGUUAGUGUUUUGUAACCUUAUAUUUGCUUCCUGUCUUUGGGGGGGGUUCAAGAGCCUGCUGAAUUGUGAAGAAUUUGCUGUGCUGCAUUCUAAUCAGCGUGCUGAUUUAAACACUUGAAAUGUUUUGCAUAUCUGCAUAUUGUAGAAGAAAAAUAAAAUACACAUUGUGGGUAAAAGUCUUUAUUUAUAAAAGAAACUUAGCAUAUCUAUACAGUA